AUGUCUAAGAAAACGGAGCAAAAGACGACUUCUGUCAAGAAGACUGACGUCCAGAAGAGCACCACUGCCGCUCCCCCGCGACUUCUCGCAUCUAUUUCUUCUUUCCUGUCCAGCAAUGGCUUUGUUACCACCAACACCGCAUUCGAAAAGGAAUUGAAGAAGACAAUCGGCAAGACCGACGCAAAGAACGCUCCGUCUUUGCUGGAAAUUUUCCGGGCUUGGGAGAAGAGUGACUUUUCAAGCUCCAGCUCCGAUAGUGACAGCGAUAGCAGCGCUGAUUCCAGCUCUGACUCGGAUAGCGAUUCUAGCGAUUCGGACGUUGAGAUGGAGGAUGCGCCCAAAGCUGUGAAGGACCAGAAGGCUCGCUCACCCUCUCCUUCAUCAUCAUCAUCAUCUUCUUCUUCUUCUGAGAGUGACGCCGACGACGAGGAGGAGGAUGAGGCCGCCCCUACCCCUGCUCCUGCUGCCAAGAAGUCCGCGGGUGUGAAGCGCAAGGCUGAAUCCAGCGACGAGUCAUCUUCUGAUUCGAGCUCUGGUUCUGAUUCCGAAAGCGAUGCCCCCAAGGCUAAGAAGGCCAAGACCACUAAGAAGGAUGAAUCUUCUUCUGAAUCUGAGUCUGAAUCAUCCUCUUCGUCCUCUGAUUCCAGCUCCGACUCCAGUGACUCCAGUGAAUCUGACUCUGACUCUGACUCUGGCUCUGAUUCCGAGUCGGAGAAGGAGCCUGCCAAGAAGCAAGAUGCUAAGGCUCUCAAGCAGGCAAAGAAGACCCCCCUUCCCGAAUCUUCUGACUCGAGCUCAUCCAGCUCCUCAUCGGACGAUAGCUCUGAUGACGAAGAGGCUGGAGGUGUCACCGUCUCUACCUCUUCUGAUUCCAGUGCCACCAUCGCUGCUUCUCCUUCUGCCGUUAACAACAAGGCUCUCGACAACGUGCGAAACUCCUCGUCGAGUGCCAGCCCCGUUCCUGCAAACGGCUCCGCAAAGAAACACACUGGAGCUCGUCCCACCCCACUUGCUGCCUUGAGCGCCCUUCCUUUCGACGGCCCUAAGAAUGAAUACAUGUCUUACGCCUAUGCCGAUCGCGCCUACGCGGAUCUGUCGGUCACCCGUGGAAAGGGUUUCACCAAGGAGAAGAACAAGAAGAAGCGCGGUUCCUACCGCGGCGGCCCGAUCGACAUCUCUGGAGGAAAGUCCUUCAAGUUUGACGACUAG